AUGCUGCCAGAGCCUAACCAACUAAACCUUCCCAGCUCCCCCUCGUUACCAGUUACCAGCUGGAAAGCAACCAAGAUGGGGAUUAGACCGAACUCGCGACCUACGGGGUUUCAGCUCUUGCUAGAGCUGUUACUCGUGCUCUCCUUCGUGAAUGUAGGCCUUGUCGGUGCCCAGGACAUCUCUUCGGUUGCGUCGGAAAGCUCUUUCGUGUCGUCGCUCUCGGAGAGCGUCGUACCUGAACCGACCUUCUCUGGCCCGCCGAUCACAGAGUCGACCUUGUCUUCGCCACCGGUUACAGAGUCGACCUUAAGCUCGCCUUCUCCCACUGAGGAACCUGUGACAACGAGUGCCUUAGAACCCACAUCUACGACCGUUAGGAUUGUGACGAGGACCACCAUUCCUAUCGAACCCGCAACGUUCUCGCCCUUCCCUAUUCCCUCAGAGACCCCGAUACCGGGUGCGUUCCCUGCUUCCAAGCCCAAAUCACCCCCACCUCCCGACUCUAGCGAGAUACCUAGUUUUGGUGCAGCAUGGCAGGAGGCCUAUCAGAAGGCUAAAGAAAAGAUUACCACGUUCACUUUAGCAGAGAAAGUCAAUGUUACCACUGGCGUUGGAUGGAUGGGUGGUCGAUGUGUGGGCAACAUUCCUCCCAUUCCAUAUACUUCCAACCCGAACCCCAAGGUAACCGACAAAGCACCUGACGGUCGUGAUCAAUGGCCUGGGCUCUGCUUAGAAGACUCGCCAUUGGGUGUUAGGUUCGCGGACUACGUAACAUCGUUCCCGGCUGGUAUCAACGCCGCUGCAUCAUGGAACCGUCGCCUCAUUCGAAAGCGUGGCCUGCUUAUGGGACGAGAAUUCAAGGGAAAGGGCGUCAAUGUCGCACUCGGACCUGCGAUGAACAUGGCUAGGGUUGCCGAGGGAGGCAGAAACUGGGAAGGAUUUGGAGGCGACCCCUUCCUUGCUGGUGAGGCUGCCUACGAGACCGUUCUCGGGUUGCAGGAAGGAGGAACGCAAGCUUGCGCCAAGCACCUUCUCGAUAAUGAACAAGAGUACAAACGGACUAUGUCCAGCUCCGAGGUAGAUGACAGGACCGAGCAUGAGGUUUAUCUUCCUCCCUUUUUGAAGAGUGUUAUGGCGGGCGCUACAAGUAUCAUGUGCAGCUACAACCUUAUCAACGGGACAUAUGCUUGCGAGAACAGCCGGAUUAUGAACGAAGUCGUGAAAGAGGAGUUCGGCUUCCAGGGAUAUAUCCUGUCGGACUGGCAAGCUCACCAUUCAACGAUGGCUGCAAUCACAGGACUUGAUAUGUCGAUGCCAGGUGAUGUGUAUUUCAACAGCAACACCUCAUAUUGGCGAGAAGUGCUCGUCGCCUUCGUCGAGAAUGGAACAAUCCCCGAGAGCCGAGUUGACGAUAUGGUUACCCGUAUUCUGGCCGGAUGGUACCUCCUCGAACAGGAUUCCCCGUCUUUCCCUGGCGUUUCUUUCGACGCUUUCCGUCCCGAUGACGAGACCUUGAAUGAACACAUCGAUGUUCAGGACGACCACUACAAGCUGGUCCGGGAACUCGGCGCUGCAAGCAUCGUUCUGCUGAAGAACGAAAGGGAUUCCCUCCCUCUUGGCAGUCGCUCGUAUAACACAGGAUCGUUCGAUGAUGAGGCCAUUCGCACUCAAACGCUUGUGGCCAAGGAAGCUGAGAGAAACAUCGUUCUCAUCGGCAGCGGUGCUGGAGGCGGGAGGGCAGGGCCUAACCAGUUCCCGGAUCAUGGCGGAUCCGAUGGGCACUUGGCUAGUGGCUGGGGAUCCGGAACUGCUAAUUUCACCUACCUUGUGACUCCACUCGACGCGAUCCAACGCCGCGCUCGCGAGGAUCGUACCAGUGUCUCUUGGCUCCUCGACGAUUUCGACCUCCCUCGCGCUGGAAAUAUGGCGCGAUUCCAGUCUGCAGCACUCGUCUUCAUCUCUGCCGAUUCCGGCGAAGAGUAUAUCAAUGUCGACGGCAAUCAAGGAGACAGGAAAAACCUCACGGCGUGGCAUGGAGGUGACGACCUUGUCCUUGCUGUCGCGGAACAGAACAACAACACGAUCGUGGUUGUCAACAGCGUCGGGCCCAUUAUCAUGGAACCUUGGAUUGAGCAUCCCAAUGUCACCGCUGUAGUCUGGGCUGGUUUGCUUGGCACGGAGUCUGGUAACGCCAUUGCUGACGUUCUUUACGGCUCUUGGAACCCGAGUGGCCGACUCCCAUACACCAUCGCGAAGGCACCAGAGGACUACAGUGCCCAGCGUAGUCUUGGUGGUGGUCCCGGUGAUAUCAUUGCCAUACCAUAUGACGAGGGUUUGGAAAUUGACUACAGAGGCUUUGAUGCAAGAAACAUCACUCCGCGAUACGAGUUUGGUUUCGGUCUGAGCUACACCACGUUCGAAUACAGUGGCCUGGCGGUCAGGAGGAUCUACGGAGCCGUCAGUUCUUCCGACGGUGACCUUGUUGCUGCUUGGGAGAGGGGAGAGGCUACCCCACAACUUCCUGGCAUCUCUAGGGCGUUCUGGCUCCACCAGCCCACUUACGAGGCGACGUUCACUGUCACCAACACUGGCCCUGUUUACGGCGGUGAUAUUCCUCAACUUUACAUUCACUUCCCUGACUCCGCUGGGGAACCCCCUUCCGUACUCAAGGGCUUCACCGACACCGAGAUUGGACCGGGAGAGAGCAAACAAGUCACUAUCACCCUCUCAAGGUAUGAUCUGAGCAUCUGGGACGCCGAGAAGCAGGGCUGGAGAAAACCCGAAGGAACGAUUGGCGUUUCCAUUGCCCGCAGCAGUCGAAACAUCAAACUACGUGGCACCAUCCCCAACUAA